AUAAAUACUGAUCGAUAUCCUAUUCCAUAGUAUUAGUGUAUUACUAAAAUUUGUCUUGAUAAACAUUGAAUAAUAUUAUUAAAUGAUUCAAGCAAACCUAUUAGAUCUCAUUUCCUUCACCUCGUGAUGGCCACAAAAUGAAACCAUAAAUCUAUGCAACAAAGUAGAAAACAGGAAGAAAACAUAUCUCCUUUAGCUAGGAUCUCCAUUAUGAUGAAGCUCACGAUAGCAAUCGCCACUUGCUUAGUACUUUGCUUGGUGCUACUACUACCAUCCUCCAACAUCUCCAACCCCCACAAGUCUGAUCUUACGACCAACGGUUUAAACAAUUCUGAACGACAAAGUGAGAAACUGCUAGGAGGGCUUCUUGCUACAGGAUUUGAUGAGAAAUCUUGCUUAAGUAGGUAUGAUCAGUCUAUGAGCAAGCCUUCACCAUACAAACCAUCUGGAUAUCUUGUCUCUAAGCUUAGAAGCUACGAGAUGCUUCAAAAGCGAUGCGGUCCUGGCACAAAAGCUUACAAGAGAGCUACAAAGCAGCUUGGUCACAACGAAUUAAGAAGCUCUGAUGACGAAUGUCGGUAUGUUGUGUGGAUGCCUAUGUUUGGUCUGGGAAACAGAAUGCUUUCUCUGGUCUCUGUCUUCCUCUAUGCUCUCUUGACAGAUAGAGUCAUGCUUGUUGACCAACGGAACGAUAUAACUGACCUCUUCUGCGAGCCUUUCCCGGAAAUUUCAUGGUUACUUCCUCUACAUUUCCCAUUGACUGAUCAGCUAGAUGGCUUCAACCGGGAACAUUCGCGCUGUUACGGCACAAUGUUGAAGAAUCAUGCCAUUAACUCAACUACAAUACCGUCACAUCUUUAUCUUGAUAUUUUCCAUGAUUCCAGGGAUCAUGAUAAAAAGUUCUUCUGUGAAGAAGAUCAAGCUUUCCUCGGGAAAGUCCCUUGGCUCGUUGUCAAAUCCAACCUGUACUUUGUUCCAUCUCUAUGGAUGAUCCCAAGUUUCCAAACCAAACUCAUCAAACUAUUCCCACAGAAAGAAACCGUCUUUCACCAUUUGGCUCGAUAUCUUUUUCACCCGACAAACCAAGUUUGGGGUAUGGUCACUAGAUCAUACAAUGCUUACUUAUCAAGAGCAGACGCGAGACUCGGGAUUCAAGUACGAGUGUUUAGCAAACCCGCUGGAUAUUUCCAACACGUAAUGGACCAGAUCUUAUCCUGUACACAAAGAGAGAAACUGUUGCCUGAACUGGCCACACAAGAAUCACAAGUCACUAAUACAUCAAGAAGCUCAAAACUUAAAGCUGUCUUGGUCACAUCUCUGCAUCCAGAGUACUCUGAUCAUCUAAAGAACAUGCUUUUGGAACGACCAAGUUCAACAGGAGAAAUAAUUGAAGUUUAUCAGCCAAGUGGAGAAAAGAUUCAGCAAACAGACAAGAAGCUUCACGACCAAAAGGCACUAGCCGAGAUCUACCUCCUAAGCCUAACCGAUGAACUUGUGACAAGCACGAGGUCUACCUUUGGAUAUGUAGCUCAAGGUCUAGGAGGGUUAAAGCCAUGGAUACUCUACGAGCCAAGGGACAAGAAAACUCCAAACCCACCAUGUGUUAAGGCCAUGUCGAUGGAGCCUUGUUUUCUUAGAGCACCGCUCCAUGGUUGUCAGGCUAAGACAAUCAAAAUCACUCCUUUUGUUAGGUUUUGUGAGGAUUGGAAAACAGGGCUUAAGUUAGUCGAUGUCUCAGAUGAACUUUGAUUAUUGUAAGAAUUCAUCUUCUUUUAUGUUUUUUUUAAAAAAAAAUCUUCUUUU